AUGUUCACUAAGCAGACUCUGUCCGCCUUUGUUAGUGCUUUGGCUCUGGCCUCGGCCAAGACCAUCUCUACCAGCGAUGAGUACCCUACCGCUGCGGAGAUCGCUGCCUCCCAGGCUUCCGUCUUGCCCUACUCUCCCGUCUCCAACGUGAAGGGUCUGGCUUUCGACCGCUUCGCUCAGAUUUGGAUCGAGAACACCGACUACCAAACUGCUGCCGAUGAUAAGAACUUUGCCAAGCUGGCCAAGGAGGGUAUCCUUCUGACCAACUACUUCGCAUUGACUCACCCCUCGGAGCCUAACUACGCCGCUUCCGCUGCCGGUGAGAGCUUCGGCAUGGACAACGAUGACUUCCACCAGCUGCCUGCCAACAUCUCCACCAUUGCCGAUCUCUUCGACACCAAGAAGAUCGCCUGGGGCCAGUACCAGGAGGACUUGCCCUACGCCGGCUACCAGGGCUACCGGUACCCCGAGUCCGGAUCGAACGCGUACGUGCGCAAGCACGACCCGCUCAUCCUCUUCGACUCCGUCACCAACGAUGCUGUGCGCCCUCGCCAGAUCAAGAACUUCACCACCUUCUACGAGGAUCUUGAGCACGAGCGCAUCCCCCAGUACAUGUUCAUUACCCCCAACAUGACCAACGAUGCCCACGACACCAACAUCACUGUCGCUGGUGACUUCAUCGCCAGCUUCGUUCCUCCUCUCCUGAAGAACGAGUACUUCUCCAAGGAUGGUCUCAUCCUGGUCACCUUCGACGAGUCUGGAAACUACUCCGUCCCCAACCGCGUCUACUCCUUCCUCGUUGGCGGUGCCGUUCCCGAGCACCUGAAGGGUACUACCGAUGACACCUUCUACACCCACUACAGCAUCAUUGCUUCCCUCUCUGCUAACUGGGGUCUUCCUUCUCUCGGUCGCUGGGACUGCGGUGCCAACCUCCUCAAGCUCGUUGCCGAGAAGACUGGUUACACUAACUGGGAGGUUGAUUACGAUAACCUCUACAUUAACGAGACUUACCCCGGCCCCCUGUCUGAUGAUGACUACUCCACCUACGAGCCUCUGUGGCCCAUCCCUGCCACCACUGGUACCUGCAGCGCUGGCCACGGCAUUGCCGAUGUCGUUAAGCGCACUUGGAAGGGCCUUAAGGAGACCUUCGACUACACUUCUCCCAUUCCUUCUGACCCCAAGUCUGGUAUCAACUCUGGUAUCAAGUACUGGCGCACUGUGAAGGGAAAGAAGACUACUCGCACUACCGCAUAG